AAGCCCAUCAAGGUCGUAUCACCUUGGUACAUGGUUGGUGUGGACCUCUUUGGACCUGUGAAAAAGUCGUCUAAGGGGAACAGAUAUUGUCUCACUUUGACCGAUUAUUUCACCAAGUGGGUUGAAGCAAGAACAUUCCCAAAAAAGACAGCAGCCAAUGUGAAGGAGGCCUUGAGGGACAUUUUCUUUACUCAUGGUUUGCCUGAAGUUAUCCUCACUAACCAGGGCACUGAAUUCAAGAAAGAGAGUUAUGGAGGUUCUUCCAAACAAUAUGGUUAGGCUGGAGACCCUGGAUGGAAAGCCCAAGCAUAUGAUGACCCCGUAUGCAUCACUGAAACCUCUGCGCUCGAGGACUCACCCUGGCUGGCCAAAGGAUUCCCCUUCAGCCCCUGUGCUUCCAGGAGAUGCUGAAAUGCUGACUUCAUCAUCGGAGGAGGAAACUGAGUGUCAUUGUUUCACGGACCAUACAUAUGCUGGCCCCACAUCACCCUGGAAAAAGGAGCUGCACCCCGACCAGAAACAACUGGAGAUCCCACGCCAGACCUCGGGGAAUGACUGUGGUGUUUUCAUGCUCAUGUACUCCCUCUGGCUCUGUACGGACACUACUUUUCACUACAGUGUGCUGGACAUGCAGUCAAUCCGGCGUUGGUGGUGUGUCCUUCUAAUGGAGCGCUUUGGCAUUGAAGGGUAGGACAACUUCUUGAAAUAUCUGAUGUAUUGUUUAUCAUGAUUAGUAACUGCCUGCGAUGAGGUGGCGACUUGUCCAGGGUGUACCCUGCCUUCCGCCCGAAUGCAGCUGAGAUAGGCUACAGCGACCCCCCGCGACCCCAAAAAGGGACAAGCGGUAGAAAAUGGAUGGAUGGAUGGAUGGAUUAGUAACUGUAAUCUGAAGAGCUUUUCUUCAAUUUCCCCAAAGGCAUGGCCAGAGGUUCUGUUAUUAGACAGACAAGGCGAGCGGCCUAUUGCAGGGCAUUCUUCAGCCAGUCUUUAGGGUAUCCAGAAACUCAGUCCAGGCCAUCGACUGCGUCAUCAAAGAUUAACUGAAUACAGUACUGGUAUGCCAUGACACAAAAGUGAAUAAAUUGUAUCAUACCUAUGUUGCUCCAUAAAAAAAAUGAUUGGAGAAAUAUGUAAGCUGGGGGAAAAAUAACUGGUUCAAAAAUAAUAAUCUAAUAACCUUUAUUGGUUUGUACCUUGAUGGGGUUUAAGAGCUUUUCACUAUAACAUGUCUACUUCUGAGGUGACCACCACUUGUGAUUAUAAUUGACGCUUUGUCC